CAAAACCAAAGCCAGACAGAUCGCACUCACUGCACAGACAGAAGACCAUGAAGCUUCUCUUUUUAAUGUGUCUCCUGCACUACAGCUCCAUACAAACAGCUCAGACCGUAAUAUUCAGUCAGAGUGAAACAGAGGGGAGAAACAUCAGCCUGUACUGUGGAAAUAAGGGUAAAGUGAUCUGGAGUAAAGGCACUGAUGGAGGAACAUCUACUAUCCUCAGUGCUGAAAAUGGAGAAAUCACCCAGAAACACAGACCUGAUCCAGAAAACAGAUACAGUGUAUUAAACAGUGAUUUAUCACUGGUGAUAAAGAGCGUCGCUCUCUCUGACUCUGGGAUUUACUACUGUAACGCUACUCCUGUAGUGAAUCUGACUGUGAAUCCUGCACCACCAGCAGAUAAGAGAUCAUCCACUUCUCCUCUUGAUGUGUCCUGCUCUUCUCCAGUGAGUUCCAGUGAAAGUGGCAGUGAAAAAGCAGACAGAAUGAAUGAAACCCAAACAACUUCUCCACUCUCGGUCUCACCUACCAAACUCACACCUGCAUCUACAGUGAUUAACUCAGAGGCCUCAACCACCAACUCCACAGCUCAGUCCUCUUCAGGAAGUGAUGAACCUCCAAAAGCUUCAAGAAAGAAAACAAAAUCUACACAGACUGAACAAGAGUGGAACAAGAGCAGUGAGACACAUUAA